AUGGGUUCCGGCACGUUUGCUCUGCGCGCGGCUGGCCAAAAUGACUCGGUAGACAAGACGAUCUGCGUGGUAAGGGGCCUCAGCCUACAGCAGUUCCGAGAGCUCACCGAGGAACAGAAGGAGGCCUAUAGAGUGGAAUGCCGUGGACCCGGACCAGCUGAAGCGCAUCAACCAGGACGAUGUGCUCAAGAACCUUUCGCGCUUCAUGGAAGCGAGAGGAAGGACUUCCUCAGGAAAGCUGGCCACCCAGAGGAGGAACCGAGUCAGACCAGUGGUCAGGCCGAGGUCCGUGGUGAACAGGCCAGCGGGUCGCGAAACCUGCCCGCAAGGCCGAGCAGGGCGUCGUCUACGACCCUUAUGCGCCGCACGGUUGAGAUGCUCGAGGUCACGAACCUGGGAACGGAGAAGCGAGAGAAGGCGCAGCAGCUGGAGGAGGAAGAAGAGCCCGAGAAUGCAAAGCAGCUGGAGGCCAGGAUUCGUGAGAUCGACGAGGAAACGCGGGUGCUGAAGGAGAGAACCAAGGCAGCGGCGGACCGUGAGUCCGCCCAACGUCCUCGGCUCACAGCGGAGACAGUGCUGGACCAGAGCACGACGCCCGGCCUGGACCGAGGAAAAGAAGAGGAGAAAGGCCGCCUUGUAGAGGCAAGCAGGCGCCGCCGACGGGGCAAAGGAGCAAACGAGCAAGCGUGGCGCCGCGCGUUCGACUCCAGGCCGGUAAAGGAGGAGGAAUACCACGAUGAGGCGGCCCCUGGACUGGAGACCGAGGCAGUGGAAGAAACGGGCGAAGGGACGCUGCGUGUGCUGAGCGGGCAAGCCCGCCAGGACGAGCAGAGGAUCAUGGAGCGAAAAAGGGUCGACCUUGGAAAGAAACGCGUGCGAGGAAUGACCGAAGAAAAGAAGGAAGCAAGAAAGAAGCGCGUGAAGGCGGCAAGCCGGAGGAAAGAGGCCUGCCGGAACCUCCUCUGGUUCGGUGAGUGCAACCGAACGAAGUGCCCAUUCGGACACGACCUGGAGCUGGUGAAGAAGGCGAAGUUCUCGGUGUGCUCCGACUUCAGCCGGGCCUUCUAA